GGAGCAGCCCGGGUCGGCGCGCGGGGGCCCGGCCAUGGUGCUGGAGACCCUGGCCCGCAUCGUCAAGGUGCAGCUGCCCGCCUACCUCAAGCGCCUGCCGCUGCCCGAGAGCGUCGGCGGCUUCAUCCGCCUCACAGUUUCAGAAUGGCUGCGGUUACUGCCUUUCCUGGGUGUGCUGGCCUUGCUCGGUUACCUGGCUGUUCGUCCCUUCCUCCCCAAGAAGAAACAGCAGAAGGAUAGCUUGAUYAACCUCAAGAUCCAGAAGGAAAAUCCAAAAGUAGUGAACGAGAUAAACAUUGAAGAUUUGUGCCUCACUAAAGCCUACUGCAGAUGUUGGCGUUCAAAGACGUUCCCUGUCUGUGAUGGUUCCCACAACAAGCACAAUGAAUUAACAGGAGAUAAUGUAGGUCCACUAAUACUCAAGAAGAAAGAAGUAUAGCAGAUGCUUAAUCUAGAUCAUGACUGAUAAGAAGUCUUUUAUACUGUUGUAGUUGCAAGGGACAGCGUUUUAUUAUGUGAUYGGUAUGAUUUAGUUUCAUGAUUGCUGUAGAUUUCUUUUUGGAAUAAACUUCAUUUAGACAGGGAUGAACUUGUCACUGUUUUGGUACCUUAUUCUGAGAAGAACUUUGCCUGCUUUGUAAAACUGUAAAGUACCUAUCUCUGUAAAUAAGUCGUUUAUUUCAACAAUAAAUUGACUUUCUACAAUUAAGCCUUUUUURUAUGAACAUAAAAUUAUAAAACCAUCACUAUUUCA